CUGCAGGGUGACAGUCCGUUUUUGGACAAAUUACGUGAGGAUACUUGGUUUUCGCGAGUUGCGUGAAUAGUUCAUCACAUCAUGCGUCUCAGGUGCCGGACUCCCAAGGGUCAGCAAGUGGUCGGAGGUGCUUUGGGAUCUCAGUCAACCCUCCUUGAACUGAAACGUGAGAUUGAGAAGGUCAGUGGCAUCCCAGCUGCAGUUCAACAGCUACGCUUUGGCUUCCCUCCCAGACCACUCCCCUUCACCACACCUGAUAGUGCCACCCUCGAGUCUUGUGAAAUUCGGGAUGGAGAGCAGUUAACGGUGGAGCAGGCUGCUGUCUCAGAGCAGCCAGUUGCUGGUGUGACAAGUGACCGGAAAACUGGCAGCGAUGCGGGCACUGGUACCCCAGGGCUGCGCACGUUGCCCAACGGAGAGGGAGUACCUCUCGAAGAUGGCUUUUUGGUCGUUCGAGAGAUGAAGGACGAUAACAGUUGCCUGUUCAGAUCGAUAGGAUAUGUUUUAGAGCGAUCUCCAGAAGCCGCAAACAAACUCCGAAAAAUCGUAGCUGAUACAAUAGUCAACGACCCCAUAAACUACAACGAAGCCAUACUUGGGCGUAAUCCACUAGCAUAUCGAGAAUGGAUUUUGCAACCCAAUAGUUGGGGCGGGGCCAUCGAACUGGCGAUAUUUUCUGAUCACUUCCAAGUAGAAAUAGACUCAAUCGAUGUAGCAACGCUCCGUAUAGAUCGAUUUGGUGAAGGAAAAUACACUCGUCGUGUCCUUAUAUUAUUCAGUGGCAUCCACUACGAUGCAGUCGCGCUUUCACCUGGAAAAGACGUCUCUGAAGAUUUUGACCAGACCGCAUUUGAAGGUGGCAAUGUAGAAAAAAUAUUGACAGCUGGAGUUGAAUUGGCGCGUAUUUGGAAUGAGAAACGCAAGUUCACGGAUCUGGCCAACUUCACCUUAAAAUGCGGAAUAUGCAAAAAGGGUUUGAAGGGUCAAAAGGAAGCCCAAGCGCAUGCUCUGGAAACCGGUCAUGCUAGCUUUACCGAGUAUAGCUGA